AUGGUGAGCGAGGUGGUGAAUGCCCUCAACGAGCUGUACGUCGGCCAGCCCUGUCGCCACGGCGACCACUCGCAGCCUGUCUCUGCGGGUCAGCAGCGGGCCUUGGACAACGUUCGAGAUGCUGUCCGACGGUUCGGUAAGCCCCCGGAGGGAUUGACUGGCUCAGGAGCCCUUGAGGAGCUUCGAGUUCUCAGCGACUACGCCGGCGAGAGUGCCACGGUCGCUCCGUUCAGCUUUGAUAACAUCAACAGCCUCUCGCUCCCAGAUGAGGGUUUCACGCCGGUGGCGCUGGACACGCUGGGGGGAGGAGCUGGCCGCAAGAUAGUUGAACGGCUUCAUGAUAUGAUGCUGUCCCAGUCCGAGGGUCGGGCUCGGAUCGAGUCCGACGGUCCUCGGAAGCUCUACAUCGACCCGGCGCUCAGGAACCCCAAGCUGUACAUCCAGCUGCUGCGGAUCCUGGAGCGCCGGAACCUCAUCGACUACUACAGUGACAAGGCGUGCAGCGUGGGUGUGUUCUUCGUAUACAAGAAGUCGGGGAAGCUGCGGCUCAUCCUGGACGGCAGGCAUGCGUCCCUGCACUUCCGGGCCCCGGACAAGGUGGCCCUCGCGUCUGGCGCGAGCUUCGCUGGCCUUCACGUGGACAGCGGGAAGCCCAUCGCCGUGGCCGAGGUGGACCUGGCCGACGCCUUCUACACGAUGCUGCUGCCGCCGGAGUUCCGACGGUACUUUGCGCUGCCGAGCUGCCGCGCGGGCCUGCUGGGGCUUGACCGCACCUCGGACGGGCGCCCUCUCAGCGGGACGGACGUGGUCUAUCCCUGCUUCCGGUGCCCGCCGAUGGGUUGCUCCUUCAGCCUCUGGAUCUGCCAGACGAUGCUGGAGGCGACCGCGCUGCAGGUGCCCCAGCUGACCGUGGCCAACCGCUUCGUAGACAGGCGGCCUGUGCCGGGCGUGACCAGCGACGUGAUCCACACCGAGUACGUGGACAACGCGCUGAGCCUCUCGACCGACCCGUCGGUGGCGUCUGCGGCUGCCGCUGCGGUCGACUCUAAGCUCCGAGCGGCUGGCCUACCCGCCCACGGGGUCGAGUGCAGUUUCGGCGCUGCCGCGCUGGGCUGGCAGUUCGACGAGAAGUUCCCGAUCAUCGGGCUGAACCCGGCGCUGCGGUGGAAGCUACGGCUGGCCUGCCUGGAGCUGUGCCGGAAGGGCUUUGCUUCGGGCAAGACGGUCUCACGUGUGGUCUCACACUUUACAUCGAGGGCGCUGAUCCGGCGCGAGCUUCUGUCCUGUCUCAACUCGCUGUACGCUUUUUCUGCCCAGUAUGGAGGGCGAACUGCUCGGCUGUGGCCCUCUUGCCUGCGCGAGCUCCGCUGGUGCGCCAGUCUGGUCGUGUUCUGCUUCCGAGACGCGGGAGCCGCGUUUGACAGCAGGCUCACGAUGGUCGACGCAUCGUGGUGGGGCGUGGGGGUCACUCAGAAAACAUCGUCGUCAGCUGUUGCGCUGGAGUUAUCACGGUACAACGAGAGGUGGAGAUUCAGCAAGACUCAGGAGGGUGGCGUCUCACAUCGGUCCCUCGCCCUGAAGGCUCAGAGCUCUGGAGACCCCUUCGUGCCCGAGUCGAUCGCAACCUUCGAGGACCCAGGGGGCUUCCAGGAGGUGAUCACGGACUUGGAGGAGGAUGGGGAGUUCGUUGUGUCAGGCUCCGCGUUCGAGGUGGAGGAGGUGACCCAGGUGGAGAAUGAGGAGUUCCCGGAGAUCCCUGAGGGCGUCUGGGCGGAGGGGUGGUACCCGGGGCGGUCUUCGCGCCCAGAGAUGGGGCGCAUCUGCCGGCAGCUGGCGGCCCUUUCGCUGGCUAGCGGCACUGCCUUCUUUUGGCGCUGGGCACCUUCCGAGCGGAACUCCGCGGACCGCGCCUCCAGGAACCUGCCAGGCGUGGGCUAUGCUUCGUCGGCAACAGAUACCUGCUGCCCCAGCGUCGGUGGUGGUAGCCACGGCGCCGACUCCGACGUCAGGCGGCCUCCUGGCGCGAGGCAGCCUACCUUCGGGCCCCCGCCUGGCCUCGAGCAAGAGGCGAGCUGGGACCCCGACGGGGCGGACCUCUUCCUCGGCGGCGGCUUCGACACUGGGGCUGGACCUGGCAGCGGAGCCACUGGACGGUCGUUCCUGGAGCAGAAGGCGGUGGGCAACAGGACGACGCUGGACUACCAGGCCCGAUACCACCGUUUCCUGACCUGGGCCGCGGCUGCGAGGCUUCCAGUGUCCACCAUCCCAGAGCUGGAGGAGACGCUCCUGGAGUACUUCAACGAGUUGUACUUCGAGGGCCACGACUCGCCGGACGGGUCGAAGCUGGCGGCUGCCGUGACCCACUUCCGGUUGGACCUGCUGCCAAAGUUGAUCAACAUGCCGCGCGUGCAGCGGGCACUGAAGGGUUGGAAGUCCAUGGCGCCCCCCCGGGCUCGCCUGCCCUUGCCUUGGCCGGUGGUGGCGUGGAUGGCGGACUGGAUGGUGACGAACGGGUGCGAGGUGGCGGCGACGGCGUCUGUGCUGGCCUUCAUCCUCUACCUGCGCCCAUCCGAGCUGCUGUCCCUGCGCGUGAUCUCGGUCGUGCGGCCGGUGAAGUGCGGGCCCCGGCACCUGAGCAAGUACUCCAUCCUCCUGUUCCCGGCCGAGCUCGAGGCGAGGUCGAAGACAAAGGAUUACGACAUCAGCCUGCUGCUGGACAACCCCGAGUUCGGCUGGAUGGAGCAGGUGCUGGACCGACUGGUGCUGGGCCGACACCCGGAGCAGCCGCUGUUCGCGUUGAGCAUGAAGUCAUGGACCCGAGCGUUCAGCCUCGCGUCCGCCGCCCUGGACCUGGAGACCCUGGGCCCCCCGCACCCUAUGCAGAAUCUGAGCUCGUGGGCCCACACCGCCAAGUCGAAGGUGUACCUGGAGAUCUUCAGUGGCUCUGGGAGCUGGUCGCGUGCCAUGCGACAAGGCCAGGCCUCUCGGCUGGCCCCACGUGUUUUCGAGCUGGACAUGGAGCACGAGCCCGGCCUGGCCGACCUCUCCAGGCGAGGC